UCACACACAUUUGUAUGACCCAACGAGAGAGACCAUUUUGUUUGGCUUACAUCUCCAUCGCCUCCACUACGACAUGUACGUGUAUGGACUGUUACUGCUUGGACUUGUGGUGUCAGCACAAUGCUUUUGUUUUAUAGACAAGGUUUACACAGACGUGUCAAAAUAUGGAUCAGUCUCAAAGUAUUGCAUGUACAAAGGAUUGAAGAUGCAGGUUGGAUCUCAUAUCAAGACAACCGACUGUAUUGAAUGCACCUGCAAUGACACGGCUCUGAACUGCUGUGGAUUCGGCAUCAAGGCUGGUACUUUCGGUCCGCCAACGGGAUGUAUGGUCGUCGCUGAUGGAUGCAAGGUGUUGCUGGUGAAAGCUGACGAUGACACCAAAGACUGCCUCUCUGGAGAUUCUCUCAUUAAACCGUAGAACUAUUA